AUGGCUCGCUUAUACGAUGCGAUUGAACCGGAAGUGAUAUCAAUGAGUAUGCUGCAGUAUGCCAUUGAAUCAUUACGUGCUGAUGGAGAAAGUCUUGUUAUUCCAAAAGAUGAUAAAUUAAAUUAUAGUGAAGUUGUUGUACUUCGUUUGGAUUUUCGAAACAUUCUCCGAAUGGAAAAUCUUUGGUUGUUCACUAAUUUAACGAAAUUACAAAUGGAUAAUAAUAUAAUCGAGCGAAUAGAAGGACUUGAAACGUUACAUAAAUUAACUUGGUUAGAUCUUUCAUUCAAUAAUAUAACACGUAUUGAAGGUCUCGAUUCGUUAACUGAAUUAACUGAUUUAUCAUUAUAUAAUAAUCGAAUAGAAGUUCUUGAAAAUAUGGAUUCUCUUAAGAAACUUAAUGUUUUUUCUAUUGGAAAUAAUCAAGUCGGCGAUGAAAAUAGCAUUCGUUAUUUACGUCGAUUUGAUAAUCUACGAACUCUCUGUCUUCGUGGCAAUCCAUUUGCAUCUAAGCAAGAUUAUUAUGUAUAUACAAUCUCUCAUUUACCACAAGUUCAUUUUCUUGAUUACAAAUUGAUUGACGAAGCACCCAGAGAAGAAGCAACAAAAAAAUAUGAAAUUCAAUUACAACAGUUAAUAACACUUGAAGAACAAGAACGAGAGAAAGAAAAAGCUGUCGAAGAUCAAUCUAAACAGCAUCGAUUAUAUAAAGAUGCAUUUGUUGAAAAUAUGGAUCAAAAUCAAUUAUUCUCCGGCAUGUUUAAAGAUGACACGGAAGGUCAAAAAUUAAUUCUUGUGCCUGGCUCUGACGAACUAAUGAUUCAAUUCGAACAAAAAUUUAAUACUAUAAUAACUUCGAUGUUUGAAUUCGGUUUGAAAGAAAAAGAAUUGAGAGAUCGAGAAAUUGAAGAUUUUUGGAUAUGUGUAACUGAAGCGAAAAAUGAAAAUACACGUCUAGCUGCAACAAUUGUAGAUGAAUUUAAAAUUUAUAGAUCAACAUUAUUUGCAAAAGAAGAUCUUGAACAACAAGGCGUAUCACCAGCGGUUGCAACUGAAUAUGAUGAAGCGUUAACAACUCUUCGUAAUAAACUAAUGGCUUUAGAAAUUACGCUUGUUGAUCAAUUAGAAGAUACUAUUCAAACAUUUGAAAGAAAUUUAGGUGAAAUGGUUUCGAAUUUUACGGAGUCUAUGCGUGCAAAUUUUAGUCAAAUACGUGAAUUACAAGCCUAUUUUAAUGACUCAAUUGUUAAUUUAUGUGUUGCCACUGUCGAACGUGUCAUGAAAGGUGAAUUAGAGGAUGAAUUUCCUGAUGAUACACGAGAGCUUUUUGCCGAUAAAGAUACGAUAAUGAAUGCGUGCCAAACAUCCGAUGAAUUUCAUCGAACUAAAAUCGAUCAACGUGAAGAUGAAAUGUUUUCACGUAUAUCAAAUUGGUUGACAACAAUGAUGGACAAUAUUCACGAUGAAGAAGAAUAUAAACGAAAUCGCAAGCGCAUUAUUGAAAUCAGUCGUCUCAUUGAUUAUUUACGAGCUGACAUUGAAGACAUGUAA